AAAAUUCCACACCACUAGUCUCCCAGUCUGGUCACACUGUUUUUAAACCCCGAGAAAAAACAACGACGAGCGGAUAGUUGCGGAUAGUUGAAAUUAAAUUGUUUUCGCACGCCAAAAAGGAGAAACAAAUGCUUGCGUUGUUGGCAGGCGGAUCGAGCAGAAGCAGCAGCAACAACAAACUGGCCGAAUCGGAAAACGCAGCGCAAAACUCCAACAACAUGAGUUGGGGCAACGAGCUAUGGGAUCAAAACGAGAAUCUGGCGAUACACACAAACAGAGGCAUCGAUGCUCUGGACAAGUAUGCCAACUUCUUACGCGAUCGAGUGGCCAUAGAAACGGAAUAUGCCGGCAAACUAAGGCGCCUAGUGAAAAACUACCAGCCCAAAAAGAAGGAGGAGGAAGACUAUGAAUUCACAUCGAUGCAGGCGUUCCGCAAUGUGCUCAAGGAGGUGGGCGAUCUGGCGGGUCAGCGCGAGGUGGUGUCCGAAUCCCUGCAGCUGCAGAUCAUCGCGGGAGUGACGCUCCUGUCCAAGACACUGCGCGAAGAACGCAAGAAAUGCCUUAGCGAUGGUGCCUCCCUGCAGCAAAACCUCACCACACAGCUCUCCUCGCUGGACCGGGCCAAGCGGAACUACGAGAAGGCGUACCGCGACUCGGAGAAGGCGGUGGACAGCUACAAGCGGGCGGACAUGGACCUCAAUCUCAGCCGGGCCGAGGUGGAGCGCUACAAGAACGUGAUGACUUCGAAGAUCCAGCAGUCGGACGAUGCGAAGAACGAGUACGCCAAUCAGCUGCAAAAGACGAACAAUCUGCAGCAACAGCACUUCAGCAUGUUGCUGCCGGCUGUGCUCAAUCGUCUGCAGGAGCUGGACGAGAAGCGCACCCGGGGAUUCCGGGAGUUCAUUGUGGGUGCAGCGGAUGUGGAGUCCUCGGUGGCGCCCAUCAUUGCCCGCUGCAUGGAGGGCAUUGUGAAGGCCGGCGAGUCCAUCAACGAGAAGGAGGAUACCUUCAAAGUCAUAGAAAGAUACCAAUCUGGUUUCACGCCACCAAGAGACAUACCUUUCGAGGACCUCUCCAAGUGCGAUCCGGAUUCCGUGCAGGAUUCGCACUACAGCAACUCGACAUCGAACCACCUGACCAUGCGGGGCACGAUGAGUGCCAACAAGCUGAAGAAACGUGUGGGCAUCUUCAACAUCUUCGGCAGCAACAAGCAACGGCAGAUAAUUGAAGCCUGUAUCACCAUGAAGAAUUCCCUGACUGCCGAUGGUCAAAAGGAGGACUUUAGCGAUCUGCCACCGAACCAGCGGAGAAAGAAGCUGCAGGCGAAGAUCGCCGAGCUGCAGCAGAAGAUCGCCCAGGAAACAAAUGCCCGGGAUGGCCUGAUGAAGAUGAAGAUCGUCUAUGAGGCGAACUCUUCGCUGGGCAAUCCCAUGACCGUCGAGGGACAACUGAACGAGUCGGAGCACAAGCUGGAGAAGCUGAAGGUGGAUCUGAAGAAGUAUCAGGGCUUCCUGGAGAAGGCCAGCCAAGUGCCGGUGGCCACCAGUAGUCCGCAGGCGAAUCGAAAUCAAUUGCAAAACGGUCACCGAACCUCUAGACAUUCCAAUGGCAGUGCCGAUGACCAUCAUGACGAUGGCGAUGACCAGCCCGAUGAUGCUGGCAGCUUAAGCAGGUCAGAUUCUGAGGAUAAUGUGGCGCAAAUACAAAAUGGGCAUAAUAAUAACAAUAACGGCAGUUCGGCAAGUCCCGAGAGCGGCCUGGGCACAUCGCACACAUCCCUGCCAGGAUCGGGACAGGGCAGUGCCAACGAGAAUGCGAUUGGCGAGGAUACCUACUAUGAAACGGAAGUGGAGACCCUUAAUCCGCUGGGCACAUGUAAAGCCCUCUAUCCUUUCGAAGCCUCUAGCGAGGGCAGCAUACCCAUGAACGAGGGCGAGGAGCUGCAAGUGAUCGAGAUCGACCAGGGCGAUGGAUGGACGCGAGUGCGGCGGGCGAACAACUCCAAUGGCUGGGACGAGGGCUUCGUGCCCACGAGUUACAUCGAGUGCACGCUCUACGCUUAGGGUUCAAGUUUAAGUUCAUUUUCGGGGCGGGCAAUCAGCCGAGCGGUUUUAAAUGUUACCUACUCAGCAACUCUUGCGUAUGAUCGUAUGAUUGACUUUGUGUACUUUUGUCAUAACUUUGCGUUCUAUUGGACAGCCAUAACACACACAUACACAGAGAGAAAAUCAGACACCUAACUAUCACUAUCACACAACAACACUGUACAUUUUGACCUAAGCUAAGUUCGAUUCAUUUCUUCUUCGUAUGCUUUGUAUAUUUACUUACUGAUUUUAAACAAAACGUCAUUGAUCUUAUGGUAGUGCAAGCUAUAUCAUACUAUAUAGUAAAUACUAUAGUCAUAUGCACCUACGAGCAGACCUCACCUAAUUGUAAGCACCGCAACGCAACGCAACGCAACGUUUCCCUCUUCACCACAACAAUCAAUCAUGAUAACACCUAUUUAUAUACAUAUAUGGAACAAGAUUUAUAUGGCACUUGAAUACGUGAGAGCAUGAAAAGAAAACUAAGAAACUGAAAGCAUUGCCGUUGGACAUUAAAAGUGAUCUUGUGAACACGUUUCCAAAUGCAAUUCAUUUGGCAAAUGUGUUGAUAACACCCACUUUUGCUCGGUUCUCGGCUUUGGAGCCUUAGCAGCACCUGCCGCUUUUCCCGCUGACCAAUUGGAAAAGCGGCAGAGUGCGAUUUCCUUAACAAAAAUUAAGCACUAAAACUUUGGUAAAUAUGCAAAGAUCAAGAAAGAAAGGACAUCGAUCAUAUAUAGACACUCAAACACACACACCCGGAACUCAAGGAUAUGUGGGCAAAAGUUAUGGCAAUCCUGCACGACAUGCGGCAUAGGCAAUUGCGGAAGCAAAGAACGCGCUAGCUUGUUUUAUAUAAAUAGCAACAAUUGUACAUUUUACUUUACACACACACACACACACUCUAUGCAUAAUUCGUAAUUUUAAUUUGAUAUAAUAAUUUUGUAUUGCUCUUUGCCUUGUACAUUUUCACACACACACUAUGUUUACGAGAAGCGAAUUCAUGCGGACAGUGCAUCGAUUAGUUAUGUUUUAGGAAGGAACCUCUAGACGUUUAAGUUCACAACAUUUAAGGCUUAAGUCAGAGCAAAGCCGGGCGGCGCUGCAUUUGUUAUGUCCGACGCCACUUUGCAAUACAUUUAUUUAUAUUUUAAUAUGAUAUACCGCUGUAUAUUGGUAAACCACAAAAAUCAAAAACUUGAAACAUAAGUCUGCGGAUGAAGUCCAGGCGGAGCGAGAUAGGUCUUUAGUUAGCUAUUCAGCAGCCUUUUCCAUCUGUAUUUUGUACUUUCAUUUCGCAUAUAAUAUGCUACCAUGCUUUAGCAUUUAAGUGUGCAAAAACAAACCACUGAUACAACUGAUGAAUUCUGUUCUUCUUAUGUUUAUUGCAAUCGAUGUGAGUGAGCGAAUGAUGAACGAUGAACUAAUCUUAGUGCGAACGCAGAAAAUAAAUAAUUCCAAAAUUCUUAAA